AUGUGUGAAGAAUUUGCUUCAUUGAUGGGAAGUGAAUUUGAAAUGAGCAUGAUGGGAGAAUUGAGUUUCUUCUUAGGUCUGCAAGUCAAACAAGCUUCAAAUGGUACCUCUAUUUGUCAAGAAAAGUAUAUCAAGGAGUUCUUGGAGAAAUUUCCGAUGCUGGAUGCAAAGCCUAUUGUUACUCCCAUGGGAACAAACUCAAAGUUGGAUGCUGAUGACUCUGGUCCUAUGGUGCAUGAAACUAUGUAUAUAGGCAUCAUUGGUUCAUUGAUGUACCUGACAACAAGAAGAUAUGAUAUUAUGUUCAGUGUGGGUAUGUGUGCAAGGUUCCAAGCAUGUCCUAAGGAGUCUCACUUGAAAGCUGCCAAGUGGAUCUUAAGGUAUCUAAAGAAAACAGAGGACCUGGUCCUGCUCUAUCCUUUAGAAGAUUCUUUUGAACUGGUAGGAUAUGCAGAUGCAUAUUAUGCAGGGUAUCAAGUUGAUAGAAAGAGAACCUUAGGAAUGGCUCACUUCUUGGGCUCUUCUCUUAUCUCCUGGGGAACCAAAAAGCAAAUUGAAUGGCUUUUUCUACAGCUAAAACAUAAUAUGUAG